AUGGUCUCUUCUUCUCGUCGUGUUGGCCGUAAGCUACACUUCUCUGCACCAAGUGCAUUGAGAAGAAAAAUUAUGAGCUCUCCUUUGAGCAAAGAACUUCGUUCAGAGCACGGUAUCCGCUCAUUGCCAAUCCGCCGCGAUGACGAAGUUAUCAUCGUUCGUGGAACCAACAAAGGACGUGAAGGCCGUGUUGUUCAAGUAUACCGCAAAAAGUACGUCAUCCACGUCGACCGUGUUACCCGUGAUAAGACCAACGGUACCACUGUUCAAUUGCCAGUCCACCCAUCAAACGUUGUUAUCACAAAGGUUAAACUUGACAAGGACCGCAAGACAAUCAUCACCCGUAAAGGUGGUAAGGCAGGUGAUGUCGAAAUGAAGAGCGAAUAAGCGUUUGCUUCGUAGCAAGUGAAUCUUUUCUCUUCUUUUCUCACUCUCCUACUUUUCCGGCAUUGCAUCAUCCUACUACGGCAUAAAGACCUUGCAGAAUUGACUUCCGGUCCAGCUUCACUCUGACUUUACCAUUGGCGACUUUGCAAGGCACCUUUAUCGCCCACACGCAUAUCAUACACCACACACACACAUAUGGUCUUUUGACGUUCAUUGUUGUAUUUACACAUUUCACUGCAUUCGUAUUGACGAAGCGCAAAUCUAACCAAAAAAGAACGAAAUUCUCACAAUCUUGUCUGAUCGCGUUCAUCACAACACAGAAUAUCACAGAAAAUAGAACAAAUGCAUUAG